GGAAAACAAAACUACGAAAGCCUAUUCUUGUAAGACUUCAUAGCCCCAUUGGAAACUUCAACAACUUGGCUACAAUGCGAAGCCCAUCCAAUCUAGAAAAAAACAUCCAAAAAAAACGACAUCAAAUUCGACCUCCUUGUUAAUACCCGAAUCUCUCUUUCUCCGAGAAGCCCCUGAAUCUUCCUCUUCAGCUGAUAGAUUGGUAUUGUAAAAGUAGAAAAAGAUGGGAAUGAAACAAGCUAUAAAGAAAUUGGAUGCGUUUCCUCGUGCAGAAGAGCACCUGUUGCAAAAGACACAAUCUGGGGCUCUUGUUUCCAUCAUUGGGCUAGUCACAAUGGCCACGUUGUUCUACCAUGAGUUGGCAUAUUAUCUUACUACAUAUACAGUCCAUCAGAUGUCUGUAGAUUUGACACGUGGAGAAACUCUUCCAAUUCACAUUAAUAUAACAUUUCCUUCCUUACCUUGUGAUGUUUUGAGUGUGGAUGCAAUUGACAUGUCAGGCAAGCAUGAAGUGGAUCUUGAUACAAGCAUAUGGAAACUUCGCCUGAACAGUUAUGGCCAUAUCACUGGCACUGAGUAUUUGUCAGACCUUGUAGAAAAGGAACAUGAAGCUCACAACCAUGAUCACAAUAAAGAUCAUCAUGAGGAUUCCCAUGCAAAACAGCACACGCAUGGCUUUGAUGACGCUGCUGAAACUAUGGUCAAGAAGGUGAAGCAAGCAUUGGCAAAUGGAGAAGGAUGUCGGGUUUAUGGGGUUCUAGAUGUCCAAAGGGUUGCUGGCAACUUUCAUAUUUCAGUUCAUGGAUUAAACAUUUUUGUUGCCCAAAUGAUUUUUGAUGGAGCUAAGCACGUCAAUGUAAGUCAUAUUAUCCAUGACUUAUCAUUUGGACCAAAAUAUCCUGGAAUUCACAAUCCUCUUGAUGGGACAACACGGAUUCUGCAUGAAACAAGUGGAACAUUCAAGUAUUACAUCAAGAUUGUUCCAACCGAGUACAGGUACAUCUCCAAAGAAGUUUUGCCAACUAAUCAAUUCUCUGUCACUGAGUACUUUUCUCCCAUGACUGAUUUUGAUAGGACAUGGCCAGCCGUUUACUUCUUGUAUGAUUUGUCACCUAUCACUGUCACAAUCAAAGAAGAACGGCGCAGUUUUCUUCAUUUUAUCACUCGGCUCUGUGCGGUUUUAGGUGGUACUUUUGCUUUAACAGGAAUGCUAGAUAGGUGGAUGUGCAGGCUUCUUGAGGCUCUGACUAAACCUAACCCUAGAAGCGUACUUCGAUAAAUGUAAUGUGCACAUGGCUAGUGUCAAUUCAUAUGCGACUCCAAGGGAUUCUCCAUGCAAAGCCCAUGAAUUACCCAGGUUUCAGCACUAGAUGUUGAUUUGAAAUUGCUGGUGGAGAGUUAAAAGCCAGGGCAGCCUUUGAUAUCUGUCCAUUUUUCAUCUCCAUUGUUAGGGUGGUGAUUGAAGGUUUGUUAAAUGCUUGUAACACUAUUUUUAAAGCACACAGCAACAUUAUAGCUCGAGGGGGGAAAGUAUGAAGGUUUACAUGUGGGAUUCUUUCCAGGCGCACAGUUUUGAUUUAUUCUGACCUUUAUAGAGUUUAAAUUUUUGUUCGUUA